AUGAACACAGAGAAUCAACCGGAAGAACCGCGCGCUUACAUUACUCAGCACAAUGCUACCGCCUCCCCACUUCUUCGUCUCCCCGCAGAGAUCCGCAACAUGAUCUUCGCCUACGCCCUCAGUCACGGCGACAUCAAGUUGAAAGUCAUCCCCAGGCUUCCGGACACAAGCAUGUUUCUAGACUACUGGGAGCAUCGCAACUGGCCAGAUCCUGUCAACAUCAGUCUGCUCUACGCGUGUCGCCAAAUUUACUUCGAGGCCGCCCUACUGCCAUACGAACUCAAUACCUUUGUGGUUUCCGGCACCGUAAGCGCGUUCAAGGACUUCCUUGCACACCGAACCUCGGCACAGAUUGGCGCCCUAGCAAGAGUGCGGAGGGAACCUAACAUGCAUUUGGGAGCGCGAUCCGCGACUGAAUGGGUGAGGCGAUGCUGGAGAUGA